UUAAAUUAUAUCGAAAAGUAUUUUAUUCAAAUAUGAAACUUGCACCGUUUACGUUAAAUGGAUGGAUAUUUGAAAAUGAUAAUUUUAAAUCGUUACAUGCAAUAUUGAAACCAGAAGAUGUCGAAACAUUUACGGUGGAUUAUUCUGAUUUUGUACUUGAAAAACGAUUUCAUGAGGUAUUAGAUGGCGUAUCAAUGUACCUUGUAAAAGAGAAAAACUUUCAAGAAACACUUGAUAAACGAUUGUACAAUUUAAAAAUCAAGUUUUAUCUGCAUCUUUUGGUAAUGGGAUUUUUAGCCAUCAGUUCAUUAUUCAUUCUGAAAAUGUUUGCUGGAAAAUAUAUUUACAAACGUUACAUGAACAUCUAAAUAAAAAAAUAAAAUAAAACCUGUUAAAACCCG